GAGGCCAACACCAUUCACCGGAAGACGUGUUUGUCGGCGACGAAGGAGUGAACAUACAAAAAAUACUGUAUACAGUAAAACAAGAUGGCAGGACUACCCCGCAGGAUUAUAAAGGAGACUCAGCGUUUGCUGGCCGAACCCGUUCCUGGAAUAAAGGCAGAGCCUGAUGAGGCGAAUGCACGCUACUUCCAUGUGGUGAUUUCAGGGCCCCAGGACUCCCCUUUCGAAGGAGGCACCUUUAAACUUGAACUCUUUCUGCCAGAAGAAUAUCCCAUGGCAGCUCCCAAAGUGCGAUUCAUGACCAAAAUCUACCAUCCCAAUGUGGACAAGCUGGGUAGGAUAUGCCUAGACAUCUUGAAAGAUAAGUGGUCCCCAGCUUUGCAGAUCCGCACAGUGCUGCUAUCAAUCCAAGCAUUAUUAAGCGCUCCUAACCCUGAUGACCCACUUGCAAACGAUGUUGCAGAGCAGUGGAAAUCCAACGAAGCCCAAGCCAUUGAGACAGCUCGGACAUGGACCAGGCUUUACGCGGGAAACAGCAUUGAGGUAUAGAAGAAAACAGACGGGCACUGGAUGUUAUCACAACCUAAGAUGAUCUCCUUUAUUUGCAUUUAAAGGACACAGUCUUAGACAAAAAAACAAGAUAAAAGCAAGCAAAAAAAUUACGGCAAAGAAUAUAUUUAAAAGAAAACGAGACUACUGCAGCCCUCUGGUGAUUUUACGACACAUGGCAAUGUGUUUUGUCUUUGUCUCGGCUCACUGCUCGAAUGCAUGGACAGAGGAUGAUGCUUUCUGUUUCUCUGUGGGGGGGUGAACGACAAGUCUCGGCACACCACCGAGGGGUUACAAACAUAGGAAAUCGCCCUGGACCCACAGUCAUACAAUGGGUCAGUUUAUUCAAAGGUCAAUAAAUUGAGGGAGUUUGUGACAGAGCCACCAAUUACCCACCCAUUUGAAAAAUGUCCACUUGAGGUUAUGCCGCCUAGCCUCUUGUUGAAUUUAUCGUAACCUUUGUUUCCCUCAGACAGUUGAAGUUGUUGGUUCGGAAGCCCUGUGUUUGCAAGUCCUUGGCAGAAGCUCAGAUUAGGGAGGUGAGGGUGUCUGUUACGACGCCCUUCUGGGGAGAAUGGCGUUCUUUUCAUUUUCUUUUCAUGUCGAUUUUUAUUAUUAUAUAUUUUUUUCAAAUGUCUCCUUUUUUUUCCGCUCCUAUGAUACUUCAUUAAAAGCAUGUACUUAACCAAGCUCAGAACAUGACUGUUCUAACAAGUUUAAUCCGUAUUGAUAUUGAGAAUUAUCACUUUUGGGGUGUUGAUGGGGGGGGAAAUGUACACCCAAUUCUGACAUGAAACAACGAGGCACGAAACACUAUCAUCGUCACUUCAUUGCUGAGAUCCUCACAGGCUUGUGUUGCUUCUGUACUGCUUUUCUGUAAAUGUUAUGUUGUAGUAAAAAUAUUUUUUGUCAUUUUGUUUGAUCUCUUUCUUGCUAGCACUGUACCUACAUAUUCUGGUAGGUGGUGUUUCAUUGCUUUUCCCAUACUCUGUCCUCACCCUUGUCUUUUCCACAAUUCUCUACUGCAAGUGUAUCCACGUUUAGUUCAACCAACAUCAUGAAAGAGGGGAGAAAGUCAGAGAAUGUUCUAAUUUAUUUGUUAUCUUUUUCUAACGGAUUUGGAAUUAAAUAUCAAUGAUUCGUCAUCCAAGCGUCUGGCCUUUAGAUUGAGAAGGGCUUCCAUGUCUCUGGUUAGUCCACUCUUCAUGUGAAAAAGGCAAAGAGAAUUGUGUAUUACCGGUGUCUGAAAUUAUAUGGGGGGAAAAACCAAUGCAUUUGCAUACGUGGCUCCUGUAAAUAAAAUAAGUUGAGUAAGA